CAUAAAGAAUUCCACUCAUUCUCUCUCCUCCUCCACUCUCUCUCUGUGAAAAACCCUGAAGCCGUUUCAAUACGGAUUUAGGGUUUCGAUUUCACCACCACCACCAUCAUCAUCUUCAUAAAUAAUCUGCGGCUUCGUAAUCUAGAGUUUCCGAUCUUGUUUGUUGUGAAGGAAGGAGGUUUUGAAGUUUUGUUCAGAGAUCUUGGAUUAAGUGACACAGCAUAAUGAGCUCUGAUGAAGAUUCAGACAUUAGCGAGUCUGAGAUUGAUGAUUAUGGAGACAAGGAGUAUGAAUUGAUGAAGAAUGGGAAACACAAAGUCAAAUUCGGAGAGAAUGUCUUCCGCUGUCCAUUUUGUCAAGGGAAAAAGAAGCGAGACUACCUCUACAAGGAUAUCAUGCAGCACGCUACUGGGAUAGCGAGUUCUCAUAGUAAGAGUGCUAAACACAAGGCAAACCACUUGGGAUUGUCUAAAUAUCUGGAGACGGAGCUAGCACCAGUAGUGGUUCAAGCUCAGCCUGAGGUUGAGGCUGAUCCACCUGCUGAGCGGAACCGUGAUGAACUUUUUGUCUAUCCUUGGAUGGGUGUUGUUGCGAACCUUCCUACUGAAUGGAAAGAUGGAAAAUACGUAGGAGAAAGUGGUUCUAAGCUAAGAGACCAGUUCAUAAGGCAAGGGUUUAAUCCUGUGAAGGUGCAGCCUCUUUGGAACUAUCGUGGUCAUUCAGGUUUUGCUAUUGUAAUUUUUAACAAAGACUGGCCUGGGUUUCACAAUGCCAUGUCAUUUGAGAAGUACUUUGAAGCGGAUCAUCAUGGGAAGCGAGAUUGGUAUGCAAAGAAGCACUAUGGGACUAGUCUAUAUGGCUGGGUGGCACGAGAUGAUGACUACGAUGCUGGAAAUAUUGUUGCUGAACACCUGAGAAAAAAUGGGGACCUAAAAACUACCGCUGAUAUUGUGGCUGAAGAAGAGAGAAAGACGAAUAAACUUGUCUCUAAGUUGGCAAAUGAUAUUGAAGUCAAAAGUAUGAAAAUGAAAGAAAUCGAGUGCAAAUACAAUGAAACCAAUCUAUCUCUGAGUAACUUGAUGAAUCAGAACGAUAAGCUUCAUCAAAAAUACAAUGAUGAAAUCUUAAAGAUGCAACAGACCGCGAAGAAUCAUUUCCAGAGGAUCUGCCAGGAGCACAGUAAAGUCAAGUCAGAGUUGGACACUCAAAGGAAGGAGCUCGAGCGUCGUAGAGCAGAACUAGAAAAGCGUGAGGUCCAGAAUGAAACUGAGCGGAACAAACUAGCCGAGGAAAAAUUACAGAAUGCCACUAAGAAUAGCUCUCUUGAAAUGGCUAAUGUGGAGCAAAAGAAGGCAGAUGAAAAUGUGCUUAAGCUAGCAGAAGACCAGAAGAGAGAGAAGGAAAACUUGCAUAGUAGAAUACUUGCUUUAGAGAAGCAAUUGGAUGCAAAACAAGCUUUGGAGCUGGAAAUUGAGCGGUUGAAGGGGAAUUUAAAUGUGCUGAAGCACAUGGGAGGAGAUAAUGCGGACGAGGCAUUCAACAAAAAGAUGGAUGAAAUGUCUAAGAACUUGGAAGAGAAAGAGGGAGAAUUGGAAAGUCUUGAAGAUCUUAACCAGGCUCUAGUAGUGAAGGAGCGUAAAAGCAAUGAUGAGCUACAAGAAGCUCGUAAAGAACUCAUCACUGGACUGAGAGAUAUAUCAACUGGUCGUGCUCUCAUUGGGGUCAAAAGAAUGGGGGAGCUUGAUAACAAACCAUUCCAUGAAGCAUGUAAGAGGAAAUAUGGCAGUGGAAGUGAUGAAGCUACACUGAUGUGCUCUGCCUGGGAAGAAUACCUUAGAGAUCCGGACUGGCACCCUUACAAAAUCAUCAAAGUGGGAAAUAGUCAUCAGGAGAUUAUAAACGAAGAUGAUGAGAAGUUAAAGGGUCUGAGAAGAGAUUUUGGUGAGGAUGUUUACACUGCUGUCUCCACUGCCCUCAUGGAGAUGAACGAAUAUAACCCUAGUGGAAGGUACAUUGUUCCAGAAUUGUGGAACUUCAAGGAGAACAGAAAGGCUACUCUGAAAGAAGUGGUCGCAUUCAUUCUUAAGCAGUGGAAGAGCUCUAAGCGCAAGAGGACUUAAAAGCUGAUGGUAUAGUAUAAUAACAUUUCAUAGUAAUGACCAGUGAGUAGAGUUGGUAGUAAGACCCGUGAUUCUUAGGUAUAGUUGAAACAGAUUAACAUAUUGACCUCCUGAACGACUAUCUUUUAAAGGAAUUCCUGUACAUUCCUUAGCAACACCCUGUUUUACAUCUACAGAGGGAGUCUUUUAAAAACUUCAGUUUUAGGUGGUGCACAGUUAUGUGGCAUCAUGAGAGUAGUUUAGCACUUUAUUUUUGGUGGUUCCUUCGGGGCAGUGAUGCUGCAUCCACUUGAAACAAAGAGAUGAACCUCAUUGAUACAUGAUAUUUGAUCUUACACUUCUAAUGUUAUUUGCUUAGUUGUUUU